UUAAUGUGGUGGGAGGAGACUGAAGCCACCAGGGUAUAAAAGGACAAAGAAGGCAAACAAACUGCACAAGACUUCCAGAGUAAGAGAACAAGUCCAAAGGAGAUCAUCAUCUUUAACUGGAUAACAAUGGAAACAGAGAGGAAGACUCAAACAGCAACAGAGCAGAAUGCUGACAGGGAUCUGUCUGAACAGAUCAAGAAAGUGACAAAGGAGAGUCACGUCAGAGCAGAAAGCACCGAGCUCAUGCUCAGCUUCCAGCGGGGAAAAGUCACACUUCCACAAUAUAAGCUCCUCCUGUGCUCCCUGUAUGAGAUUUACAAAGCUCUGGAGGAAGAGAUGGACAGGAACUCCAGCCAUGCUGGUGUUGCACCCAUUUACUUCCCAUCUGAACUGGCCAGACUGGAGUUCAUUGAGAAAGACCUGGAGUUUUUCUACGGCACCAACUGGAGGGAGAAGAUUGUUGUUCCUGCUGCUACAGAGAGAUACUGUCACAGGCUCAGACAGAUUGGCAAAGAGAACCCAGAGUUUCUGGUGGCCCAUGCUUACACCCGUUACCUCGGCGAUCUGUCCGGAGGCCAGGUUCUUGGUCGGAUCGCCCAGAAAUCCAUGGGGCUGAAAACCAGCGAGGGUCUGUCUUUCUUCACCUUCCCUGGAGUCUCCAGCCCCAACCUGUUCAAGCAGCUCUACCGCAGCCGGAUGAACAGUGUGGAGCUGACGGAGGAGCAGCGGAACGGCGUGCUGGAGGAGGCGGUCCGGGCCUUCGAGUUCAACAUCCAGGUCUUUGAUGACAUCCAGAAGAUGCUGGACGUCACAGAAAACAAGCUGCAGAACAGUUUAACAGACUACAAGUCAGGACAGGCGAACACACUCCACGUCCCGCUCAUCAGGAUGGUGCUGGGACUUUUUGUGGCUCUGGCUACAGUCAGCAUGGGGCUCUACGCUCUAUAAAUGGAGACACAUUUUAUCCAAAGUGUUAUUUCACAUUUCUGUAAAGGGAUCAAGUCUGUUAAGACCAAAAGUAAAUGUUACUGUGACACUGCAGCACUUUGUGUUCAAAUGAUAUACUGUAAAAUCAUUUUUUUUUAAAUAAAAAAAGAUGUAAAAGUU